CCCGCGACCUCUCUCAGGUGGUUUCUCCCUCACCUUUAACACCUGAGGCGCGGGCGCGAGCGGCGCGGUGACGCCGGCGCAGGUAUGGCGGACCUCAGCGCGACCUGGGAGCGCGAGCUGCUGGAGCAGUUCUCCUGCCUGACCGCCUCCACGGACGCGGAGGAGCCCCGGCCGAGUACGGAGGGCGUCGCGUCGGGCUUGUUGCGUUUAAGCGACGAGGUUCUCCUGGUUAUACUGAGGAACCUGGACCCGGUGUCGCUGCUGAGGCUCGGCGGCACGUGCACCUCGAUGUUCCGAGUUUGCUCGUGCAACUCUCUCUGGACCGCGCACUUCCAGGAUUCGUUUGGGGUCAGUCUGUCAUAUACCCACGCCCGGUGUCCCGUAACGGCCAAAACCGCCUUCCGCCUGGUUUUUAUGUGGAUCCUCUUCAGAAACAUCCACUGUAACCGUGCUUUUCAGGAGAAGCUCUUUGUGGAGAUCCCGCUCGCGCCGCACAAGUACUGGAUCCAGUGGCUCGUGCUGGAGGAAAGCGUCCCCUUGCCUUCCGUGAGGCUUCCCUGCAGCGACGUGGAGAAACUGUGGGGAAUCGCCGCCGAUUUGUUUCAGGACAAACUCCAAGAGAAAACGGAGGAUUGCGACGCCCUCAAGUUUGAGUGGAGGGAGCUGUACCAUCUUGCGCUGAAGCAUCACGGUAGCGUCUCGCUGGUCUUCCGGCAUGUUCUCAGCCAGCACCAAAACAGUGAGCACGCAGAGCUGGAGUCCAUGUACCAUCAAUACGUCCAGUGCAGGUUCCAGUGGCUCUUCACGUAUUGGUUGUUUCGGCAGCCGACUCCGUACAACAAGCAGCUGCGAUCCAUUUUCCUGCAGUGGAAGAAGCACAGCAAAAGAAAGGUGGCCACCUGGGGUGAAACCCUGUGUGAUGUGAGGUACCUGGCCUCCCUGCACCCCAUCACCAAAGACUACUGGAGAGGCAGACUGGCCCGGGGAGAUGAGAGCCUUGGGAUUCAGACUGUCGGAAACUACUUCUCCAUGUGCAAGUCUCUCAUGGCCUGGAUCUUGGGCCGCGACUGGGGCCGACUGAAACGAAGAAAGGUUUAUGAAGACACUCUGGAAGGUGUGUAUCUUCUGCUGAGACGGGAGAUGCAGGAGACUCUCAUCGAACACGAACGCUUCUGGCAGGUGGCCAAAGUCCAGAUGACCCGCGUCUGUACGCUGGAGGAGACGGCGGCAAAUUACGUCAACUGGAAAAUGAUCGAGUCGCUGCCCUACUACAAGCUGUAUCUGGUGUCUGGUAACUCGGUGUACCUGGACCACGUUCAAGGUUUCUUGCGUAGAAAGAGGCUGAUUCGGGACUGGAUUUACCUGGAGGAGAACAGCUGGGCGAGACAGUUGCUGCCUGAAUCUCUCUACACGCUGCUGGAGUUUGACACCAAGAUCUCUCAAGAGAGCUUGCACGGGGACUGUGUGACGGCGCAGCUGAGUCGGCUCAUGUGGCUGUACCUGAACUCUGGGCAGGAGCUCUAUCUGCAGGCUCUGAAGGGAAUGGUGCUGCAGUGCGCUCAGGCUUGUCUCACACAUCUCAACAUGAUUCAGGCCUGUCAGGUGGCUGUAGCUUAGUCUUUUAACAGAGUUUUUAUGACAUGACUUUUUUUUUUUUUUUUUUUUUUUUUUUAAACUUAGUAUUUUUAGACACUUUGUGCAACUUUCACUUAAGUUGUUCAGGUUUUAGUGCACAGUCAUUCAUUCUCAAUUUAUGUCUGAGUAAAUGUGGUGCAUAGAACGAUAAUCGUUUUUAAUGCUGUAAUGUUUUUAGCAUGCCAAAUUAUCACUGGUCUCCUUUUUGAGAUGCUUUUAUUGCAACUAUCAUGUGACUUUUUUUGUACUUUUGGAUUAUUCUCAUCAUGGUAGACUGCAGGGAUGCUGAUUUAUUAAAGCACCUCUUUGCUCCA